UCCCGAAAAUAUUCUACCUUCUCAUAGGUUGUGUUUUAUAUUCUCUUUCUUGAAUAACGAAGAAGAUUAAGACGAAGAAGAAGGAGAGGGAGAAUAAUAAAGAAAAAUCAUGGGUGCGAUCUUGGGUCGGGCUCUCUUGCAGGAUCGCAAGCUACUGCUCGCUCUCUCGGCCAGUGUCGUCAUCACCAUAGUCCUGAGCACCUCGCUGUGGUUCACCAACAACGACAAAGCCUCCUCGCAAUGGCUUCCAAAAGUACCACACUCGCCCUCGCAGACCUCGUCUCUAUUCUCGCCACCGUCCGAAGACCCGGAAAAUCCAUACCUCGUCAAAUUGGACUAUCUCUCCAUCCAGCCAAAUGUAUCCGACACGAUCAGGUUCUACUGGAACAUGCCGUAUGCCGCCUCCGCGUACGGCGAGAACAGGUUCAGAGGCCCGCAGCCGCCUCCUAAGAUGAAGGGCACGCUGGGAUGGUCUGGCGAGUUGGGCAUGUGUCCGAGGAUCCAGAAGAUCGAUCCCACACUGCGUAACAGGAACGACAUCGCGAAUGAGACGGUGCCCGGUAUCGAGACCAAGUUCACCGAGGACUGCUUGAGCCUGAAUGUCUUCACGCCGAUUGAUGCCAAGGUUGGCGAUGAACUUCCUGUGCUUGUCAACAUUCCCGGCGGUGGGUUUCAUCUUCCCGGACGUUCCAACUGCGGAGAGAUGGUGGAGAAGAGCAGGCGCGACAAGGACAACGACAAGGGGAUUAUCUGUGUGACUAUGUACUACCGCAAUGGCAUUUACGGGUUCCUGAGCGGCGAUGAGAUUGAGGAGCAUGGUGACUUGAACAUGGGACUUCGCGACCAGAGGGCUUCGCUCGAGUGGGUGCAAAAGUACAUCCGGUACUUCGGUGGCAAUCCAGACAACGUGGUCAUCAUGGGCACCAGCGCAGGCGGAGCGUCCGUCCUGAUGCAACUCGCAGCGAACGGAGGAGACCACUCAUGGCCAACCCCCGGAUCAGGCUCGAAGCAGCUCUUCCACGGCAUCAUCGCACAGUCCCCCGCGGCGCCGACAUUCUUCACUCGCGAGCAGGGCAACCUCUUCUGGGACAACGUCGCGAACGGCCUCAACUGCACCGACAAGUCCAUCGACUGCGUCCGCAACGCCUCCGUCGGCGACCUCUAUUACGAAAACUACCCCAUGGCCUUCGAGGGCCGCAAGACCCCACCCCGCUGGAUGUGGGCGCCCACCACCGAGAAAGAAGGCGGCCUCUGGACCGAACCCUCCAUCCACGCCAUCCUCAACGGACGAUACGCGCGCGUCCCGAGCAUCAUCGGCUUCACCACCAACGAAGGAUCCGACCAGACGAAAAAAGACACCGACACCGAAGCCGACAUGCGCACCUACAUCCAAGACCACUACCCUCUCCUGACCGACUCCGACCUCGACGCCAUCGUCGCCACCUACACCAACGACAAACACUGGCCGGACUCGGGCCGCUACUGGGACGCCGUCGCCAAAGCCCAAGGCGACCUCCGCUACAUCUGCCCCGCGAUGCUGGCCUCCAACGCGAUCGCACAGAACAACCCGCCCGACGUCCCGGCCUGGCAGUACCAAUGGGACGUCACGGCUAAACACGACGACUCGAACGGCUACGGUACGAAGCACGCCGGCACCGUCGGGAACGUCAUGGCGCGCCGUGACAACGAUAUAUCGCGGUACUUCAUCUCGUUCAUAAAGCACCUCGACCCUAACCCCGGCCGCAACACGAGGAGUCCGAAGUGGAACCCGCUCGACAUGAAGGAUCCGAAGAGGCUGUUCUUCACGAACAGGCGCUCGGAGGAUAAGAAGAUGUACAUCGAGAUGCAGGAGCCUGACGCUGCGAGGCGCGAGAGGUGCGAGUUGGUGAGGCGGUUGAUGCCGAGGUUGCAGCAGGCGCCGCUUGGAAGCCCUUCUGCUUCUGCUUCUCCUUCCUCGUAACCUAUCCCGGGGUGGACGCUUGGUUUUGAAGAAAGUAAAAAUAGUAUUUUAGACGGACGGAUGGAUGGA